AGCCGGCGGGGCAUUUAAACAACAGUCGACCGUGGCGGGCACUCGCGCCGGCUCUGGGUCCUCGGUCCUCCCAGCUCCCGUACCGGCCACGCAAGAUGCGGUCUUCCUUGGCUCCGGGUAUCUGGUUCCUCCGUGCCUUCUCUAGGGACAGCUGGUUCCGUGGCUUCAUUCUGCUGCUCACCUUCCUCGUCUACGUCUGUUAUCACAUGUCCAGAAAGCCCAUCAGCAUUGUUAAGAGCCGCCUGCACCAGAACUGCUCAGAGCUGGUGAGACCUGAAAACGACACCCACGAUCCCAACGAUACUACCUGGUGCAGCUGGAGUCCAUUUGACAAAGAUGACUACACGGAGUUACUGGGAGCUGUGGACAACGCCUUCCUAGUGGCUUAUGCCAUUGGCAUGUUUAUUAGUGGAAUCUUUGGGGAGCGGCUGCCCCUCCGUUACUACCUCUCAGCUGGAAUGGUGCUCAGCGGCCUGUUCACUUCCCUCUUUGGCCUGGGGUACUUCUGGGAUAUCCACAUGCUCUGGUACUUUGUGCUUAUCCAGGUCUGCAAUGGGCUUGUUCAGACCACAGGCUGGCCAUCCGUGGUGACCUGUGUCGGCAACUGGUUUGGAAAGGGCAAGCGGGGAUUUAUCAUGGGCAUCUGGAACUCCCACACUUCUGUGGGUAACAUCCUGGGCUCCCUGAUCGCCGGAAUCUGGGUAAACCAGCAGUGGGGCCUGUCAUUCAUCGUGCCUGGCGUUAUCACCGCUGCCAUGGGCAUCAUCACUUUCCUCUUUCUCAUUGAAUAUCCAGAAGAUGUGGACUGCACCCCUCCUCAGCACCAUGAUGACCUGGAGAAGGAACGGGACAACCCUGAGGAUCCUGUGAAUGGUCCCUAUUCCUGCAGGGAGAGUAAUGUGGACAUUGCAGCCAGCUCCUUCAAGGAGCCGGGCUCCGAGCCUGCAGCCAUCAGUUUUCUGGGGGCACUCAAAAUUCCGGGUGUGAUCGAGUUCUCGCUGUGUCUGCUCUUUGCCAAGUUAGUCAGUUACACCUUCCUCUACUGGUUGCCCUUGUACAUCUUCAAUGUGGCUCACUUUAGUGCCAAGGAGGCUGGGGACCUAUCCACACUAUUUGACGCUGGUGGCAUCAUAGGUGGCAUCAUGGCAGGGCUCAUCAGUGACUACACCAAUGGCAGGGCCACCACUUGCUGCAUCAUGCUGAUCUUGGCUGCUCCCAUGAUGUUCUUGUACAACUACAUUGGCCAGAAUGGAAUAGCCAGCUCCAUAGUGAUGCUGAUUAUCUGUGGGGCCCUGGUCAAUGGCCCGUAUGCACUGAUCACCACAGCGGUCUCUGCUGACCUGGGCACACACGAGAGCCUGAAGGGUAACGCCAAGGCUCUCUCCACGGUCACAGCCAUCAUCGACGGGACCGGCUCCAUAGGUGCGGCUCUGGGGCCCCUGCUGGCUGGGCUGAUUUCCCCCACAGGCUGGAACAACGUCUUUUACAUGCUCAUCUCUGCUGACAUCCUGGCUUGCUUGUUCCUCUGCAGGUUGGUGUACAAAGAGAUCCUGGCCUGGAAGACGUCCCGGAGCAUAAGCAGUGGCUCUAGUCUGGUCCUAACUCACUCGCGAUAGUAGUUUCCUCAAGCCCUAUGAGUUUAUAUAAACAAAUAUGAGGCCUCAAUCGGAAGAGCAGCAUGGAGAGUACCCAAAGUGCUCCCUAUGAGCAAGAGAACGGAAACGUCUAUCACAAGGUGAGGCAAAGCCUCCUGAUCCAAUCAGUUCAGCCCAAACCCAUCCUGACACUGAGGGUACAGAAGACUAUGGGAAGGGACUGCCGAGCACCCAGCAUGGAAAAUGGAAGACUCUAAGGCCUGAGCUCUGGGAGCUGCAAUCAGAAGGGAUGGGGCUGAAAGCAGAAGGGAAGACCUGUUCAGACUCUUACUUGUUUGAAUUCCAAGCCAGGACCAAGGCCUGGAAAAGGUGCCUAUUUCCUUCCAUGUUAAAUUAUAAUCUCUGUAAUUGGUCUGUACCUUGUUUCAAAGGUGCUGGGCCUCUCUGUCCCUUUGCCCAUCAACUAGUCUUGAUGUAAGAGUAAGACCCUCUUCUCUAUCCUCCUCUGAUCCUGUUGGUAACGCAGCCACUCUGAAGCAUUAGCACUGCUCUCGCAGAGCCAAGGCCAGAGUGGAGCAAGGGGGCUGCCAUGAGUACUGAAUGGGGUGGGGGACUCACUCUUGGCUCCUGAGCAUCCCAUCCUCAGAGUCCAGUACCUCCCUUGCCUCACCCUGAAGAUACCUCGGUGGAUGAAGACAUUGGGGUCAGUGCUGAGAAGACUAAGGGGCGUUGGGCACACCUGAAAACACCAGUGUGUGUUAAGCACUGGGUGCCCACUGCGUGGCAGCUCUCCUGUGGGGAUGAACAGGACAGUGGAUACAAGACUGACUCAACACUGAGCAUGCGCAUCACAUUUAGCAAGAAAUGAACGUGACACUUGACUCAGCCAAGUGGCCGCUACAGAGCAGCUGCCUGGAUCCAUCUUGCAGCCACCCUCUUGCCUAGUGUUCUGAUGCCCACGCUCCUUCCACUCUGAGUUCUGGAUCAUGAAAUGCCAGGCUGAUUCCUGGCAUUUCCGCCUGACCUCUAAGCUGCCCGUCAUUGCCAAUACAGAUUUGUUUUUGCCAA